AUGGCAGUCCUAGAACAAUUUGAUUAUAUCUUUGCCAUUGGCAUGAUUUUUGCUUUCCUCGAUGCUUGGAAUAUUGGGGCGAACGAUGUUGCGAAUUCCUUCGCCACUUCGGUCUCUUCCAGAUCAUUAACUAUGAAGCAAGCUAUGAUGAUAGCUACUGUCAUGGAAUUUGGUGGUGCCGUUGGUGUUGGUGCUCGUGUCGCAGAUACUAUCCGGGGCAAAAUACUUUCAACCAAGGCCUUCGAGGCAGAACCAUCUGUCUUGAUGUUGGGAAUGACUUGUGCUCUCAUGUCUUCUUCUCUGUAUCUUACUCUAGCUACAAGAUUUGGUCUUCCAGUUUCCACCACCCACAGCAUAAUUGGAGGAGUGAUAGGAGUAGGAGUUGCAGCGAUCGGAAAGGAUGGAGUUGUCUGGGGUUGGGAUGGUGUAUCACAAGUAUUUGCAGCUUGGAUAAUUGCACCAGGAAUCGCUGGUUGCUUUUCUACCAUUCUUUUCCUGAUCACAAAAUACGGCGUCAUGAAACGCAAAAAUCCAGUGCGAGCUGCUAUUAUCAGUAUUCCAUUCUACUUUGGAAUCACAACCGGGUUAUUGACCAUGCUCAUCGUCUGGAAAGGCGCCGCGUCCGCCUCAGCAGAUGUCAAAACAUGGGGUCCAGGCGAAUACAUCGGAGUAAUUUUCGGUACCGCAAUAGCCUGCGCUCUCCUAUCCGCAAUGUUCCUUAUCCCUUUUCUCCACCGCAAACUAGUGCUAGAUGAUUGGCAAUUUCGUUGGUGGCAUAUUCUUCAGGGUCCCUUGUUGCUUCAACGCGGAGAUGUUCCCCCCAAUACUUCUGGACAAGAAAUCAUUCAGAAUUAUUAUAAAGGACAUAAGACGAGGGCGCAGCUCGAUGCUGAAGGAUCGGAUGCUAUGAGGACGGUGACAAGUGAUGAUGUUGAGUCAAAAUCAAAUGACGAUGCGAAUGAGAAACACGGAAUAUCAUUUAUCUCGCCUACUUUUUCGGAUAUUGGUUCUUCAACAAGAGAUUUACCUGACCCCAUCAUUGUUAACGAAGCAUCAAUCCCCACCAAACCCUGGUACGACCCCCCUAGCCUCUUCACCAGCGCCAAAAGUAUAUUCUUCCACGGCGUCAACGUGGAUGUCAUUGCCGAACAAAAGAAAUCCUCCAUCUUAACCGGCAACCUCGAAGCCAUGCACGCCCGCGCAACCCACUACGACAACAAAGCCGAACACACCUAUUCCUUCCUACAAGUACUCACCGCCGCCACCGCCUCCUUUGCCCACGGCGCUAAUGACGUCUCCAACGCCGUUGGACCCCUCGCCGCCAUCUAUUUCAUAUGGCACACCGGAUCCAUCGAAUCCAAAUCGCCAGUACCACCAUGGAUCCUCUGCUACGGAGCCGGCGCUCUCGUCAUCGGUCUCUGGACUUACGGAUACAACAUCAUGCGCAAUCUAGGAAACAGGCUAACGCUGCAUUCUCCCUCCCGAGGAUUUUGCAUGGAGCUAGGCUCGGCGAUCACGGUGGUGAUGGCGACGAGACUCGCGUUGCCGGUUUCCACUACCCAGUGUAUUGUGGGGGCCACGGUGGGCGUCGGUUUGGUAAAUGCUGAUGUCAAGAGUAUUAAUUGGAGAAUGGUGGCUUGGAUUUAUAUAGGCUGGUUUAUUACAUUGCCGGUUACGGGCAUCAUUUCAGGGUGUCUAAUGGGUCUGGUUUUGAAUGCGCCGAGGUGGGGAAUGGGUGUUUGA